AUGAGACACCGCCUGCUGAGCUCCAUCCUCACUGUGGCAGCCCUGUUUCCACCGGCCCUGUUUCCACCGGCCCUGUUUCCAUCGGCCCUGUUUCCACCGGCCCUGUUUCCACCGGCCCUGUUUCCACCGGCCCUGUUUCCACCGGCCCUGUUUCCACCGGCCCUGUUUCCACCGGCCCUGUUUCCACCGGCCCUGUUUCCACCGGCCCUGUUUCCACCGGCCCUGUUUCCACCGGCCCUGUUUCCACCGGCCCUGUUUCCACCGGCCCUGUUUCCACCGGCCCUGUUUCCACCGGCCCUGUUUCCACCGGCCCUGUUUCCACCGGCCCUGUUUCCACCGGCCCUGUUUCCACCGGCCCUGUUUCCACCGGCCCUGUUUCCACCGGCCCUGUUUCCACCGGCCCUGUUUCCACCGGCCCUGUUUCCACCGGCCCUGUUUCCACCGGCCCUGUUUCCACCGGCCCUGUUUCCACCGGCCCUGUUUCCACCGGCCCUGUUUCCACCGGCCCUGUUUCCACCGGCCCUGUUUCCACCGGCCCUGUUUCCACCGGCCCAGUUUCCACCGGCCCUGUUUCCACCGGCCCAGUUUCCACCGGCCCUGUUUCCACCGGCCCAGUUUCCACCGGCCCAGUUUCCACCGGCCCUGUUUCCACCGGCCCUGUUUCCACCGGCCCUGUUUCCACCGGCCCUGUUUCCACCGGCCCUGUUUCCACCGGCCCUGUUUCCACCGGCCCUGUUUCCACCGGCCCUGUUUCCACCGGCCCUGUUUCCACCGGCCCUGUUUCCACCGGCCCUGUUUCCACCGGCCCUGUUUCCACCGGCCCUGUUUCCACCGGCCCUGUUUCCACCGGCCCUGUUUCCACCGGCCCUGUUUCCACCGGCCCUGUUUCCACCGGCCCUGUUUCCACCGGCCCCGUUUCCACCGGCCCCGUUUCCACCGGCCCCGUUUCCACCGGCCCCGUUUCCACCGGCCCCGUUUCCACCGGCCCCGUUUCCACCGGCCCCGUUUCCACCGGCCCCGUUUCCACCGGCCCCGUUUCCACCGGCCCCGUUUCCACCGGCCCCGUUUCCACCGGCCCCGUUUCCACCGGCCCCGUUUCCACCGGCCCCGUUUCCACCGGCCCCGUUUCCACCGGCCCCGUUUCCACCGGCCCCGUUUCCACCGGCCCCGUUUCCACCGGCCCCGUUUCCACCGGCCCCGUUUCCACCGGCCCCGUUUCCACCGGCCCCGUUUCCACCGGCCCCGUUUCCACCGGCCCCGUUUCCACCGGCCCCGUUUCCACCGGCCCCGUUUCCACCGGCCCCGUUUCCACCAGCCCUACCUGUACUUGUGCUUCUGUCUGCUGCGGCCGAGGCACAGACGCCGAUCGAGAUCUCGUUUGCCACUGACCCGGUGCAGGUCCAGACGGGCACGAACGCCAUCUUCACCCUGGUCAUUGUGAACCAGGCCUUCAGCGUAACGUGGGACUACCAGGGCGCGGUCCUGGGCUCAUGGAACGAGAACGGACCCUCGGUGAACGUGCUGCCGCAGUUCGUCGGCCGCGUCACCAUCAGGCCCACCACGCUGGUCAUCGAGACCACGACGCUCAAAGACGCCGGGAAGUACACGGUGACAGUGGCCCCGGUCGGAGACUUAGAAGUCAAGAACUCCAAGUCCGUCACGCUCAAUGUGUUUGAUGCAGUGACGGGGGUGAACCUGCUCAUGCCCUCGGUGUCUGUGGAAGGGAAGAACGUCUCUCUGACCUGCUCUCAUCGGACCGGCACCGGCGUCACUUUCCUCUGGACCAAAGAUGGCACUGCUCUGGCCUCCAGCUCCAGGGUCACCAUCACGGGGGGCUCUCUGGUCAUCAACCCGGCCCAACGCAGCGACGCCGGGGACUACAGCUGCACGGUCAGCAACCCAGUCAGUGCCCGCGCUGCCACGCAGACCCUCACCGUCUACUAUGGGCCUGACACUCCGGUCCUGACCAAAGACACAACCAAGGACUGUGUGGGUGCGGGGGACGUGAGGACGGGCAAGACCAUCACCCUGACCUGCACCGCGGCCUCGCUGCCGCUGGCCCAGUUCUCGUGGCAGAGGGAGGGGCAGGUCGUCAGCAGCUCGGGCUCCGGCCUCCUCCGCCUCCAGACCACCUCCACCAACCAGAGCGGCGCCUACACCUGCACCGCCGCCAACACGGUCACCGGCCUCAGGGCCGAGCAGAACACGGAUCUGGUGGUCACCGAUGUGUGCCUGGACGUGGGGGAGGUUGUGGGGGUCGUCAUUGGCUCCUUCAUCUUGCUCAUACUUCUCAUUAUCCUCAUUAUUCUUCUUGUCAGAUUCAUUCUAGUCAGACGGAGGCGACGAGAGCCCAGCGCUGUGCCCAAGACCAAUGCAAAUCCACAGCCAAUACCUGAGAAUCCAGUCGCUAAUGUUGUUGGGAGAGAUUUACCCCAAGGCCCCCCGCCUCCUCCGCUGUACCAGUCCAACGCCGAACCCAGGAGGGCAAACCACUUGUACACUGUGCCGAGUCCUGGACGUAAUGGACAAACUCGGAACACCCAAAAUAACUCCUUCGGCUCGCAGCACAAUGGACUCUCUCGCGCGAAUGGCCUGCAACACAAUGCCAUUCAAAACUCUAAUAACCCAGCCGCACACAAUGGUAUCGACAACCCGGGUUUCACACUAAACGAACUUCAGAGACCAACGCAGCAGCAGCAAAUGCAGAAUCCAAACAUUGUCAUUCAAACUGGAAGCGCCCAAGUCCGCCUCAACACUUCGAACCAGACCGGUCAGCAGAACAACAAUGGACAAGUCCCCACCAUUCACGUCAAUUUGAAUUCUUAUUCGGGAGACCAGCAUAACGCCAUGGAAAGAGUGGCCGUUCCCGUUGCUAGUACGACGGUAGAAGAAGCUACGCAAACUCCGCAAAAUACUAGACAGGCGGCUAGCACUCUGCGCACUCCCAUGUUGGACCGGCACAGAGCUGUUCUCCAGGCAGAUCCGGGGCAAAUCCCAACAAGCUACACUCCGAAUCCUGUUUUCAACACAGAGAUGGAAGUGUAUAAUCAACAAUCGGACCCAAGGGAUAGAUCUGAAUCUGGUUCUACUCAGCCCACACCUGCACCUAUUCGGCAGCUGCCCUGGGACACGCUUCGAGGAACACCGUCCUACCCGAGCGGCAAUCAAAGAAGGCGAAAUUCCGAAAGCACAGACUACACCAUAAGCCCGCCCCUGCCGCAAACGAGAUCAAGAAGCCGAGAAAGAAGCAGAGAGAGACAAGAAGCGCCGAGAGAGAAUAGAAGGCCGAGCAGGGAGAGGGAGAUGGAGAGAGACACAAGAAGCGAGGUGCGUUCGGAGAGGAGAUCGCCGCGGGAAGACUCGAGGGAGAGGAGGGGGCAGAGCCGUGGCCCCAGGCAGGAAGCCAGGCGCGACAACAGCCCUCAGGCACUUCCUCUCAUGAGCCACGACUCCCCCGCGGGUCGAGCCUCCGUGCAGAAUCAGGCCGACACAAGAGCGCUGGUCGAUCCCAAUCACCUGCAUUCACAGAGCGGUCAGCAAGCGAGGCAAGACCAUCAAGCGGAUCAGAUCAGCAACAGGAUGCAGCAAGGAAAUCCUGGCACUAAUCAAAUCUCACAAGUUCAACUAGCGCAGUCGCAGGUCAAUCAGCUAGCGAGGCAAGCUAAUCAAGCGGAGCAGACGGGCAAUAGGGUUCCGCAAAUGAAUUAUCCGGAGAAUCAUCAAUCCCAAGUUCGUGAAACGGCGAGGUCCCAGUCUCAGCUCACGCAGGACGCCCUGAGAGCGCACACUGAGAGAGCACAGACUUUCCAGGACCGCAGGCAGCAAACGCAGGCGGCGCUGCUCCACUCGGACGGGCAGGCGAUCCGGCCGCCCACCCUGCCCCCGGUGAUGCCCCUGCAGCAGUUCAAGAGCCUACCCAGGGAGCACACCAGGCAGCGGGAUCCUAGGCCCCCGGUGAACGUGCCGGUGGCUCAGAGACCGCACCACCACAGGCAACACACGACCACGGCCCCGAACCAUCACCACCAUCAAGGGCACCAUCAACACCACGCGGGUCACAGGCCGACGCAGGCCCAGGCCUGGCAGCAUCAGGCUCACAGGGGGAGGCCGCGGUGA